AGCAACCCUACAGCAGAGUCAAACAUGGCGAGUGUUACUGUGACAUCCUGUUGGAAGAGUCUUUUGCUGGUGGCACUUAUGGGUUUACCAGGUUUGGGGACCAAGGUGCAGAUUUCUUGGACUGGCAGGGUGACAGCUGGUUCCCCCACUACUUUCACAUGCUCAUCUAAUUGUUUUCCAAACUGCAUCUACACCUGGUCCUUUAAGGCCAGCACAGUCAACGGGAGCACAUUAACUUGGACACCAGAUGGACUGGAUGAUACAGUGAAACUGCACUGCACUGUCUUCAAUCCACAGACAGGAGUCUACACAAGUACUGACACCAUUGUAGAAAUUACAAAUCAAAUAUCUGUACAAGUCAGUCCGCUGAACACUGUACCAUCUCUCAACCAGUCAUUAAAUCUCAUCUGCCAUGAUGCCAGAUUUGGUGAUCCACAAGGUCUAUCAGACCUGGUCUGGUAUAAAGAUGGACAAGAGGUGACCCUGCGUGAAAAUAUGUGGCUUCAGCAAAACAACCUCACACUUCAUUUUGACUCCCUGCUGCCCUCUGAUGCUGGUUUCUACCAGUGUCAAACAUAUCUGCCUACAUCACAGACAACAGUUGUCAGCCUGGGCUAUCUACUCAGCUAUGAUCAGUGGAACGUCAGCAUUAGCGGACCUGACACUGUGUUUCCUGGUCAGUUAAGUGAGUUCACCUGCCUGACUAGCUGCACCUUAAAUGUGGAAUGCACCGUCAGGUGGGAGUUCAGGGGAGGUUUCCCUGUUGGAACCUACUUUUCAGUUCAUAAAAAUGAGGUCAGGUGGACUCCUUCACUACCUGGGACUUUUCAAAAUUUCACCUGCAUUGCAGAGAAUAAAGCUGCUGGACGUUCUGCUGAGGCCACCAAGAUGGUAGAAGUUAAAGAUAUCCCAAUCUCUGGAUCGGAGGCGAUGCAGCUUAGUGGACUUUUUGCAGGAAUCCUCAGUCUGGGAAUGUGGGUCCUCUUGGGUUGGGCUCUAGAAACAGUAUACUUAUAUUCACUUUAAAGAGACAGUUCACCCCAGUAUCAGCUUUAUGCCCAAAUAAACACAUGACUACACCAUGGAUUAUCACAGAAUAGUUACUACAACUAAAUGCAGCUGAUAUCUACAAAACUUUUCAACUCAGACUUACACUCCAGAGAAAAACAACAUAAAUUUGAUUUGGGGUUGAACUGUAUCUUUAAGUUUUAGUGUGAAUAUUUUCCACGCUAUUUAUUUCUGCAGCAGCUUAUUCUUUUUAUUAUUAUUCGUGGAAAAGAAACAUAUGUGAUGUCAAAUGUUAGAAAAGUAGAAGCAGUGUUUUUUCUUAUGAAUUUUUGUAAAACAUCUGAACUCGCAUAUGAAAAAUAAAUUAUGUGCAUUAAGUCACAGUUGGAGUUGAUUCCUAUUUAACAAUUAAAGUUGACACAUGAUUUUCUUUAUGCUCCUUUAUAGUGUACGUUUUAAUUACAAGCCAUUUGUAAUUAAAACGUACACUGUAAUUAAUUUAAUUUAACCACAAGGUGUCACUAACAACACAGAAGCACUGGAUUUCAAGGACAGUGGAACAUAUAAUGUAAAAUAU